UUCGGGGAUUAGUCUUGCACGCACGGUAGACGCGAACGGAACGGAAUCGGUAUUCAAUCGAGCAGAGAAUUCGCUGCAGUAAAUUACCGCAAUCGAGCACGGUUCAUUGGGUUGGCUACGGGCACAACAUUAUCAGCUUAUCGGACGCUUGUCGGGGAUGUGAGUUGAGCAGUUUGCAGAAUGCCUCAAUAAGGCUGAUUGUUUGUGAAUUUCAUGUUGGAUGAAUUGCGCUACAGUUGACUGGAAAGUUCCGAAACUCUUGGAAGAGACGUGACGAUCGGUGAAGUGCUGCUAGUUAGAUAAGUGAGAUGAGCAAGAAGAGCUAUACCGUACCGGUGGCGGACGUUGAAUCGCCGGAUCAUCGAGAUGACCAGAAACUGCUGGGGAAUCCGUUUGACAAGCUGCCGCCGAUCAUCAUCGGUGGACCGGAGGGGAAUGGCUACCAUGCGUUUCAGCAGAAGGGAAGCCCGGUGACGCCCACAACUCCGAUCGUGUACGCCCCUCGAUCGCCGUCGCUCGGAAAGAGAAGUCGAGCAUUCCGGCCGGGCACAACUCGCAAGUACCGCAAGCGGGCCAUCCUGAAGAGCGGCGAGUGUAACAUUUCCACUUCCAAGGUUUCGCAGCAACACUUGCGCUUCCUGCAGGACAUCUUCACAACCCUUGUGGACGCCCAAUGGCGCUGGACGCUGCUCGUGUUCGCCUUCAGCUUCAUCGGCUCGUGGCUGUUCUUCGCCGUGAUCUGGUGGCUGAUUGCGUUCACCCAUGGCGACUUGGAGGAGAUGCAUCUGCCCGACCAUCAAGCUGAAGUCGGGUGGACUCCCUGCGUGUACAACAUCGUGUCGUUCACCUCGUGCUUUUUGUUCUCGAUCGAAACGCAGCACACGAUCGGCUAUGGUGUUCGUACGACUACGGAGGAAUGUCCCGAGGCGAUCUUCAUCAUGUGCUUCCAAUCGAUCUACGGAGUGAUGAUUCAGGCAUUUAUGGUGGGAAUCGUGUUUGCGAAGAUGACCCGACCAAAGCAUCGCACCCAGACACUGCUGUUCUCGAAGAACGCGGUGAUCUGUCAGAGGGACGGAGAACUAAGCUUGAUGUUCCGAGUUGGAGAUAUGCGCAAGAGUCACAUCAUUGGGGCAAGCAUUCGGGCACAGUUGAUCCGAACCCGGACGACUAAGGAGGGCGAAAUCUUGUCUCAGUACCAGACAGAGUUGGACGUAGGAGCGGAUGGAUGUGGAUCGGAUUUGUUCUUCAUCUGGCCACAGAUCGUUGUUCAUAAGAUCAACGAAAACUCACCGAUGUAUAAUAUGUGCGCUUCGGACCUACUGCAAGAUAGAUUCGAAAUUGUGGUGAUUCUGGAAGGUACGGUUGAAUCCACCGGACAGUCCACCCAAGCCAGAUCAAGUUAUGUCAACUCGGAGAUUUUGUGGGGUCAUCGCUUUGAGCCCGUGGUGUUCUACAACAAAGAUAACCAGGGCUAUGAGAUCAACUACAGUAAGUUCGACGAAACGCAGCAGGUGGACACUCCUUUGUGCUCUGCUCGCGAGUUGGCCGAAUUCUACAAAAUUCAGGACGACUACAGAAGCAACGCCGAGGAUUCGAUCCAAACGCCUGCUUAGAUGUCUAAAUGUGCUAGUGUCGUCGUCGUUCCCUCAUGCAUUGACCGGAAAAGGGUGCUUUUUCAUCCCUCGAACUUCCUCAUUCCCAUCUCUCCUCCGACUCCUUCAUAACUCUUAUUCCAUUCAAUCCCAUACUCCAUCCCAUCCAAUCGUUCCAAACCAAACCUAAAAAUACUACAGUGCGUUGCAAACGAACCUCAUUCACUCAUUUAAUUCUACAAAGUAAGUCCAGUUCUGGUAAAAGGGUUUUCUCACACGAUCAGAAACGAUCCCCACUAGAAAUAAUUUCACCAAAACCUUCCCCCCCUCAAUACCGACUGCAGAUAAUCUCGACAACAUCUCGUCCAAGACGCUUCUGGAGAAACGCUGGCAGCGCAAGUACGAAACCCUGAUGCACAGCAUCAGCCAAUUCCACCUGGAGGAUGAAUCGGGCUCGAUGCGACUCAGCCCCUUGCCUACUUACCUGACCAUCCAGAACAUUCCACGGCGAAAUCGAUCCUACCUGCAGUUGGAGAACAACUUGCGCAAUCUGUUCGAUUCGCCGCUAACCCAUCCACCGCCGACACCUCAGGAUGGACCACCCUCGUCUACACCCCCGCCGGCCAUCAACGAACCUCCGGGCUACGUCGCUGGUCAAAGGGCCCGAAGCCGAACCAACUCCUAAACCAACCACCAGGGAAAGGGGGAGGGGGAUGGGCGCACUUGGGUAUGUGUGCGCGUGCCCUUUUUGUUGAGAAAGAUCUUAUUUUACCCGUAGCGUACAUUCCCAACAACUCAGUCUGUAAUCGAAUCAAAAAGUGCUUUAGCUAGUAGGAUAACAAAUUCAGUACUAAAAAUGGACGAUAUCAUUUAGCGUUUAAGACCUAGGUAGGAAACUAUGAGUAUUAACCAACCAAGAGUGGAGAAAAACACCAGACGAUUAAUAAAUCAAGUGAUAUUUUAAUGGUA